AGACUAGGAAAUUUUAUAAACCUUAUAUUACUAAUCCAAGCUUCUCUUGGAGCCUCUUAGGGACCAAAAACUGUUUUCCUCCACACAUCCACACCCCUAUCUGCUAAGGAAAGGCCAACAAAUCUUUUGCCCAUCACCCAUUAUUUUAUAUAAAAACCCCACACCAAAUUCCUCAUCUACUCUCUCUCUCUUUCUUUCUCCCUCUCUCUCCCCUCUCACUCAGCUCUGAGCAGUUCCAGCAGAACCCAGUUUCAGCUUUGCUGUUUCCAGCCAUUUUGCAGCAGUGAUCAGUGAGGAGUAGGCUAAAAUGGCACAGAUUUUGGCACCCACUUCACAAUGGCAGAUGAGAAUUACAAAGGGCUCCACCACUGCUAGUCCUAUGACAGCAAAGAUGUGGAGUUCUCUAUUGUUGAAACAGAACAAGAGAGGACCAACCAAGAGCUCUGCUAAGUUUAGAGUGCUUGCCGUCAAGUCUGAAGGUUAUACCAUAAACAGGCUGGAAGGUUUACUGAAUUUGGACCUUACUCCAUUUACUGACAGGAUUAUUGCUGAGUACAUUUGGAUUGGAGGUUCAGGGGUUGAUGUCCGUAGCAAGUCAAGGACAAUAUCAAAGCCUGUUGAACAUCCGUCUGAGCUUCCCAAGUGGAACUAUGAUGGAUCAAGUACCGGGCAAGCACCGGGUGAAGACAGUGAAGUAAUCUUAUACCCUCAAGCAAUCUUUAAGGACCCUUUCCGUGGUGGCAACAAUAUAUUGGUGAUUUGUGAUGCAUACACACCACAAGGCGAGCCUAUCCCAACAAACAAACGCGCCAGGGCUGCUGAGAUUUUCGCGAACCAGAAGGUUAUAGAUGAAGUUCCAUGGUAUGGGAUAGAGCAAGAGUACACAUUACUUCAAACCGAUGUGAAAUGGCCUUUAGGUUGGCCAGUUGGAGGCUAUCCUGGUCCUCAGGGUCCCUAUUACUGUGGUGCUGGUGCAGACAAGUCAUUUGGCCGUGACAUAUCAGAUGCUCAUUACAAGGCUUGCCUAUAUGCUGGAAUUAACAUCAGUGGGACCAAUGGGGAGGUUAUGCCUGGCCAGUGGGAGUAUCAAGUUGGUCCUAGUGUGGGAAUCGAAGCUGGAGAUCAUAUAUGGGCUUCAAGAUACAUUCUUGAGAGAAUCACUGAACAAGCUGGUGUUGUUCUCACUCUUGAUCCAAAACCAAUAGAGGGUGACUGGAAUGGUGCAGGAUGCCACACAAAUUACAGUACAAAGAGCAUGAGGGAAGAAGGUGGCUUUGAAGUUAUUAAAAAGGCAAUUUUGAAUCUGUCGCUUCGCCACACAGAUCAUAUUGGUGCCUAUGGAGAAGGAAAUGAGAGAAGGUUGACAGGAAAGCAUGAAACAGCCAGCAUUAACACAUUUUCUUGGGGAGUGGCUAAUCGUGGUUGCUCAAUCCGUGUUGGUCGUGAAACUGAGAAGCAAGGAAAAGGUUAUCUGGAGGAUCGGCGCCCAGCUUCAAACAUGGACCCGUACAUUGUGACCUCACUGCUGGCAGAAACUACAUUAUUGUGGGAGCCAACACUUGAGGCUGAAGCUCUUGCCGCUCAAAAGCUUGCAUUGAAUGUCUGAAACCAAUUCGUUGAAGAUAAUCCACUGGGGCUCAAAACGCAGUCAAUUGGGACAAAGCAGCCAAGUGUGUGAAGCAUUUUCCCUCACCUUUUAAAUCCUUUUGAGAAAGAUCCUUUGUAAAUAAAGGUCCCAUGUGAGUGAUUGUUCAUGGCAUGUUCAACUUUGUAGAAUGUUUUCAUUGCAUUGAAGAAAUUGUGUAGAUCAGAGCCUUAAUUAAAUUAUUUGACAGUUGAUUGGAUAUUUCACUUAGCA